UCUGUCCACACUUAUCACAAAGCGCGAGACGAAGAGCAGACGCCAUAGAAAUCCGGUGAAAACAAAUUGGAAUUGAAUUGACAUCUAAGCAAGCUAGACCAAAUCCAACAUGGGCAAGGAAAAGGCUGCCAAGUCUUUCAGCAUUGGCGACCUAGUGUUCGCCAAGGUGAAGGGUUAUCCGCCGUGGCCGGCCAAGAUCACCAAGAGCAACAACAAUAAGAAGUACAAUGUUUACUUCUACGGAACUGGAGAAACGGCUAACAUCAAGUUGGAGGAUCUGUUCCCGUACGCGGGCAACAAGGAAAGAUUCGCCACGGAAAAGAUUAUGAAGAGGGCUAAGUUCAUUGAAGCUAUCGAUCAAAUAGAGAGCGCCCUGCGCGGAGAAGACUCGGCGCCCAUCGAUUUGCCCGCCACGGAAGGAGGUGCUGCUCCACCCGCCUCCGCGGAUCCAGCAAAGACCGAGGAACCGAAAGAGACAGUGGAACCCUCGACUGCGCCUGCUCCUCCUGCUACUCCCGCGGCAGAGAAGCCGAAGAAAACCGUCAGCCGGAAGUCCAAGGCACCACCACCGCGCCAUGUGGUCGGAGACAGUGAAACGGGCGGUGACGCUAACACCGCCGCGGAGACAGCUCCUCCUCCAGCUAAGCGGCGGGUUCCCGCUGAGGGUCUGAGUGCCGGCACAGCCACCACAGCGGCUAAUCCAGCUGCUGCCACCAGCUCAUCUAGCAAGAAAUCCGUAAAGAAAUCGAAGCCCACGGCUGCAGUUACUCCUAUCCAGAAGCGGGCAAGGCAAAUCAAUAACAUUCGGAAUGAGAUGCUUAUGGUAUACAUGCCCACUGCUAAGUGUUUGGGAAUCGACAUAAACUACAACAAGCCAGAUAUCUUUGAAAACGCCGCUGCCGAGGAGGCUUGGGUGGAGAAAGCUCGUAAGGAAGCCAUGGAGCUCAAACUUAAACUAGAGAGUGGUCAACUGGACCCGGAGGCCAUGCCCGAAAGGAUCGUGGUGGAACCCAUGCGCACCGAAAUUCCCAAGCAGGAAGCCUUGAGGUUUAUCGAAGAGCUAAUUGAGCACGAGGAUGCUCUGUUUAUGGAGCGCGAUUUCAUCCAACUUUCCCAACAACUGCGCGAGUGCCUAGGAUUGCGGCGAGCCAAUGUGGGCAAGUGCUUGGAGAUUCUGGAACAGUUUAAGGAGGUGGAGCUCACCAAGUUGAUGCUUCUGCGGAAUCCAGAGUGCGUGGACAUAAUGCGACGUCUUCGCCGCUAUGUGGGCAACUUAGAGCUCUGGAAGAUGGACUUGUCAGAUGAAGUAGAGUUUAAGGAAAAGGCACAAGUCAUUCGCAAGGUUUCCUCUGGUAUAUACGAUGGCUUCAAAAGUCUUUUUAAUCCAGAGCCGGAGGGAGAGGACAACUUUUGGAUUGACUUCUGUGAGAAGGUAAGAAUCUACAAGAACUACACGAAAAACAUGAACGAAAACCUUCGCGUUGGAAUGAAUGAUCGCGGCUACAACAACUUGGUGUUGGCCAAGGAAAGCUCCGCUUCCACCGAAGCCGUGCAGCAGUAGAUCAGUGUUUAAGGACCAGCUCUGCUUGUCCAGAUGUACGAUAAGUUAAUCCUAAGCGUUAAAACCAGGCAACUUGAAGACAUUGCUAUGAACGACGAAGAUUGUAUAAGCAGAAUGUGCUAUUGCUUAAUUUUUAAGAUUAAAAUUCAUCAAUUUCCUUAUAUAAAACUAUAAGGUUUGGACCUUACAUGUGCUUGCCCACCAGGGGCAUCUGCAUAUCUGUGCAGCUCUGGAGAUUGGACAACUCCUGCCGCACCCGCUUAUUAUUACAACCAGACAUAUAAAGCUGUCUUGCUUCUGAUCCGUAAAUAAUUAUUGUGUGUAGAUGUUUUGAUUAUUAAUGAAUUAAAUAUAGUGGUACAUACUCUCA